AUGCUGCGAUCUGUUUUCCAGACUGUGUGGGCUAUUUUCAUGCUGGUCGCCGUUGCCCAGGCCCAGUUCAACUUCUUCGACCAUAUGUUUGGGGGCAACCAACAACAGCAAGGACACCACCAGGGCGCUCAGGAUGUCUCCAGCGACAGCAGUCGGUACCAGAACUCAUGGAACCAAGCUCAAUGCAGCAAAUAUCUAUGCCCUGAUACGCUCGCCUGUGUUAGCGUCCCACACCAUUGCCCAUGCCCACACCCCAAUGUCGAAGAAAAGGUCGAGCUAGGAGAAGGCAGUGCAAUCUGCGUGUCGAAGGGUGGAUUCAAAGCGGGCGAGGCUGCGCGGAAGAUCGAAUUGGCUCGCAAGGGAUUGCUGUGA